AUCUCUUGUUUUCUUUAACUAUGUUUUCCAGGUUUAAUGAAAAAGACUGGUAAAUUAGUAUUCUUAGGACUAGACAAUGCGGGUAAAACAACCUUACUACACAUGCUGAAGGAUGAUCGUAUGGCACAACAUGUUCCUACUCUUCAUCCAACAUCAGAGGAAUUGUCUAUGGGUGGCAUGAAGUUUACAACGUUUGAUCUAGGAGGUCAUAAGCAAGCUCGUCGCAUUUGGAAAGACUACUUUCCUGCAGUUAAUGGAAUAGUUUUCAUCAUCGACUGUGCUGAUGGAGAGAGACUUCCUGAAUCCAAAGUCGAACUAGAGGUUUGUUUAGCACAAGUAAUAGUAAUAUUUGCACUAAGUGGGGAAUUCAGGAGGUAAUCGUACAAGUACCUGUAACUUGAUGUGGCUCAGCAUGAUUACCUUCUCAAUUGUACCGCAUGAAGUCCAGUUACUACAUGCAGUAAUUGUAUCAACUUCUUUUGAAUGGAGCAGAGUGAUAAUUGCAUUCGACGAAGUGGAACGCAAACCUAAUUUUGACCUGUGGCUUUCCAGAGUUGGUUUCCCUGUGCACAGUUAUAGGCCGAAAAAACCACAUUCCUGUAAGGACACCAAAAUGGCCACCCUGCUUGAUUUUUGCAGGGGCAUGUUACGGCCAG